GUAUAGCAGAGGUAUAUAAGGAAGGGAAAGGUUUGGGUCACUCUCUCAGCAAGCACGCGAGGACAGGACAAGAAGCACAAUGAGUCGCCUGAUUGUUGUGUUGUCUGUGGUGAUGGUGGUGGUGGUGCUGAGUGAGCUGGUGACAAGCAUGCCCUCUGAUGUUUCACACCAGCGCGUAGCCAGAGAGGUGUACCAAGGCUUUGUUUCCGAUGGCUUGCCGUCCAGAUAUCCCACUACGGGUGCACUGACAAGUCACGGAGGAUCACGGCCACUCAUAUACAGUGGAAACCAUUACGUUAAUAGGUAUAAUUGGUACAAUGGAUACAAUAACUACAACCCAUAUCAAACUUAUGGCAGCUACGGUAAUAGAUAUAAUUGGCAAGGUGGAUACGGUAACUACAACCCAUAUCAUACUUAUGGCCGCUAAGGUACAGGUAAGGUGUGAUGUGAAAACAGGACGAAAGGUUGUUGUGCGGAAGAUUGCGUUGAGGUACAGUGAUGUGGAAAGACCAAUGAAAAGAGGAGAAACGGAAAGACCUCAAGUUGAAAAUAGAAAAAGAAUGACAAGAUGGCUGAACUGAAGAAUGAAGAUGAGAAGCAGAAAGAAUGGGUUGAAGAAUGAACAAAAUGAGAAGAAAUUGAGAGAAAGAAUGAGUUGGGGAAUUAAAAAAAAAAAAAAAAGGAGGAAAAGGAAGAAAGAAAUACUUGGUUGGGUUGAGAUGCGCUGAUGUGUAAGAAUGAGAAAAAUGAAAAGAAGAUAAGAGAGAAAGAGAAAGGAGAAGGAAAAAAAUAUGAAAAAUAUAAAGAAAUGGAAGGAAAUUAAGUGAAAAGAUAUGUAAGUGGAAAAAAAGAAAGAAAGAAAGAAAAGAAAAGUGUAAUGUUAGUUGAAAGAUUAUUAAAGUCUUGACUCUUUAAAUGUUAAGCUUUAUUUUUUGUUUCCUUGUUUGUUUGUUUUUAGUGUAUGUGUUCGUUAUUUUCUAACGAAUGUUUCUUUGUUAAUGUACCGUUAAAUAAUUUAGUUUUUUAAUAAAGUUAUAUGUUAAUCUAUCU